GCCAGGGUACUCGCCUACUCGGUAGAAUGGAGAAACUCAUGAGAAGGGUUUAUAGUUAGGAGUAUUAGAAAUCCCUUUUUAAAGCUGUACGUCUAUAUCUAUAUUCCCAAUAUAUGCCCCAUACCCUUAGGCCUUAAGCCUGAAGCUAAGCUUGAAGGCUCAAACUGUGUGUGUUCUGUCUACUUAGUAGUGUGUUUUCGGAUCCUUUGGCUCAAGUCAAGUUUCUGUGUGUUUAAAAAAAUGGCAUCAGCCAGAGGCAGUAGCAGCAGAUUAGAAGCACACUAUAGAGGCGUAAGAAAGCGUCCAUGGGGGCGUUACGCAGCAGAGAUACGAGACCCAUGGAAGAAAACCCGUGUAUGGUUAGGUACUUUUGACACUCCCCAAGAAGCUGCUCUCGCUUAUGACGGAGCCGCCCGCUCCCUCCGUGGCAUUAAAGCUAAAACUAAUUUUCCUCUUCUUUCUCCUCCGCCUCAUCUUCCUCAAUCGUCCACCUCCUUAUCUCUUGACCUUAACCUUCGCCCCAUCACCAAUGCUUGGGCUGUUGGUUCGCCAAAAAAUCAUGGGGCUCAUGUUGUUGCCCCCAGUAAAGAUGAAAGCUUGGGCUUGGGUUUGGGUUUGGGUUGGGGUUUGGGUUUGAGAAAUCAACGUGGGCUUUGUGUUGACUUAAAUGAGCCUCCACCUGUUUGGCUUUGA